CAAAGUGAGGAAGCUGUCUCCAUAGGGAGGAGGCCUGAUGUGGACUGUCCGAACUGAAAGAGGGCACCUUCCUCUCCAUAGCCCCACCUUCUCCUGGAGGAAUGUAGCUUUCCUGCUGCUUCUCUCCCUUGCUUUGGAGUGGACUUCUGCAUUGCUGACCAAGAAGAUCAAACACAAACCAGGGUUAUGUCCCAAAGAGAGGCUCACCUGUACCACAGAACUUCCAGACUCAUGCAACACAGAUUUUGACUGCAAGGAAUACCUGAAGUGCUGCUUUUUUGCCUGUCAGAAGAAGUGCAUGGAUCCCUUUCAAGAACCCUGCAUGCUACCUGUGAGACAUGGAAAGUGUAAUCAUGAUGCACAGCGCUGGCAUUUUGACUUUAAAAAUUACCGCUGCACACCCUUCAAAUACAGGGGCUGCGAAGGGAACGCCAACAACUUCUUAAGUGAGGAUGCCUGCAAAACAGCCUGCAUGUUAAUUGUUAAGGAUGGACAAUGCCCACUCUUCCCUUUCACUGAACGUAAGGAGUGUCCACCUUCAUGUCACAGUGACAUCGAUUGUCCCCAGACAGACAAAUGUUGUGAAUCCAGGUGUGGCUUUGUUUGUGCCAGGGCCUGGACAGUCAAAAAAGGCUUCUGCCCACGCAAGCCCUUGCUAUGUACCAAGAUUGAUAAACCCAAGUGCCUACAGGAUGAGGAGUGCCCAUUGGUGGAAAAGUGCUGCUCACGUUGUGGACUGAAAUGUAUGGACCCCAGAGGUUGAAUAAUGGAGUUUUGCUGUUGUUGCCCAGGCGCGAUCUCGGCUCACUGCAACCUCUGCUUCCCAGGUUCAAGUGAUUUUCCUGCCUCAGCCUCCCAAGUAGCUGGGAUUACAGGUGCCCACCAUCAUGCCCGGCUAAUUUUUUGUAUUUUUAGUAGAGAUGGGGUUUCACCAUGUUGGCCAGGCUGGUCGCAAACUCCUGACCUCAGAUGAUCCACCCACCUCGGCCUCCCAAACUGCUGGGAUCACAGGUGGGAGCCACCGUGCCUGGUCAGUUAUUUCCUUUUUAAGCUUAUUUCCUAUCCAUUUAUAGUUACUACUGAAAAUGACUGAUGAAUUUUAUCAAAUACCUUUUAAGCAUACAGUCACAUAAUGAUUUUUCUCUUCUAAUUUGUUGGCAUAAUAAAUUAUUAAAUUUUCUUGAGCCAUCCUUGCAUUCUUAAUAAACUUAAUUGCAGUGUGUUGUA